AUGCAGCCAUCGGACGGUAGCCUUGUGCGCAUCCAUCGGCGUGUGGCCGCCACGCCACGUCUCUUCAUCUGCCUCUCUGGCAGGCCAAAGCCGAUGGCGAGCGAGAGCUCGCGUUAUCGCAGCCACUGGAAGGCAGUGAUGCGUGGGCUCAUCGACCACCCACGCGCCGACCUAUUCGCGCACCUGGACGGCACUUACCACUCGGAUGCGCAGCUGCACAGUGCCGCGGAGGCGCUGGGCGCUCGUCGGGUUGUCAUCUACCGCAACACGACAGACACCGCUCAGAGAGAGCAGCGUGACCGCGUUCGCACUGGCGCAGCGGAGGCUGCUGCGCAGUCGCUCGUCGCCUGGAAAGUGGGGACGUGCGAGCAGCCCGCACGGCGCGCGGACUGGGGCGAGUGCCUCUCGGCCGGGUACGAGCAAAGCGUCAAGUGGCGCGGCUGCUGGAGGGAUCUGCUCGCAGAGGAACGCGAUCGCCGCAUCAGGUACGAGUUCGUGCUGCGUGUGCGGCCCGACCUCGAAUUCAGCGGCGCGUUCCCGCCGCUGGAGGAGUGGCGCUGCUUGCGCACUGACAUGGUGUGGUCGAUGAUCUCCAUGAUUGCUGAGCGUCAUAGCACGUGGUGCCGGCCCGAGAAGCACAAGCGGAUAAGCCGGCUGCGCGACCCGACGGACAAGAGCCGGUUCUUAGAGGGCGCGUCGCGACCGCUGGCGCGGGACAACACGCACCUGGACGAUAGCUUGGCGCUGAUGCCCCGCCGCGCCGCCGAGGCCUACUUCGCCGUGGCGGAUGAAUACGAACGCUGCAUCCCUCUGACGCCUGCCAAUGGGCUGUGUGGCAACCGCUGGGGCUGGCCUGAAUGCCGCAUCGUGCAGGCGCUCGCGCGCGCGAGCGGGCCGCCGUUGCAGCGCGCUGAGCUGCCGGGGACGCGCGCCUUCUCCAUCAUUGACUGCAACAGGCUGCCGGUGCUCCCUGGCGCUGCCGCUGGCGACUUGCGGCGCGUGCUGGGCGAGAACCACACCGCCGCGGCAUGCGAAGCGCCGCGCCGCCGCAAGCGCGAAGGUCUGUCGGCCUUGUGGCAACCGAUAUGGUGCGGCGCCGGCACUACGAAGAAGUGGUGCGUCCCCUUCUGCGCGUGCACUGAGGUGCCCUUUGCCAACUUUAGCAGCAGCAGCUAUGACAGUACGAGCGUGGCGAAAGUGUAA